AGGUUUUUUUUCCGUCCACAGCGCCUAAUUUAUCCUUAUACUUCUAGUUUCUUCACCCCGGGGAUUAAUAGGUGGCGGCUUCUCAUCUGCGGUUGUGCAUCGGGCUGCCAGUGGGAGGAAUAGAAUAUCCAUCCACAGCACACGCUUUGCACGUUGCUCUGCCUGAAACCGAAAAAGAAAAAGAAAAAGAAAAAAAGAGAGAACAACCGAAAAUCCCCAAUUGGAAGAACAAAAGUAAGGGAAAAAGGAAGGGCUGUAUCACACUAGUAGAUACUAGGUAGAUGCAUGCAAAUGAGGGAAGUGUUUUGUGUGUGCGCUGGACUCUGCUUUUCAUUAGUGCUGGGCCGGUGAUGUGUAUGGGCGAAGCCAUAGAUAAAUAAUUAGCUUUGAAGAAGAAGAGUAUUGGUAUACAGAAGAGAGGGAAUAGAUAAUCGAGGUGGUGUGGGGUUGUUGUAGUGUGUGAAUGACCAUGUCGAUACCAAGGGAGCCGGAGCAGGUGAUGAAGCUACGAGGAGGAUCUGUGCUGGGAAGGAAGACCAUUCUCAAGAGCGACCAUUUUCCUGGCUGUCAGAAUAAACGCUUGUCUCCGCAGAUCGACGGAGCUCCUAAUUACCGUCAGGCUGACUCAGUACAUGUCCAUGGGGUUGCAAUUCCAACAAUUGAUGGCAUCCGAAAUGUUCUGGAACAUAUAGGGGCUCAAGUAGAUAGGAAGCAAACACAAGUGCUUUGGAUUAACCUUCGUGAGGAACCGGUGGUGUACAUUAAUGGGCGUCCCUUUGUUUUGCGUGAUGUUGAGAGGCCCUUCUCCAAUCUUGAGUAUACAGGAAUCAACAGGGCUAGGGUUGAACAAAUGGAGGCUCGGUUAAAAGAAGAUAUCUUGAUGGAAGCUGCAAGAUAUGGAUAUAAGAUCCUUGUCACUGAUGAACUGCCAGAUGGUCAGAUGGUGGAUCAAUGGGAACCAGUGUCACGUGAUUCUGUGAAGACACCGCUAGAGGUGUAUGAGGAACUGCAAGUAGAAGGCUACCUUGUUGACUAUGAACGUGUUCCUGUAACUGAUGAAAAAUCACCCAAGGAGCUAGAUUUUGAUAUUUUGGUUCAUAAAAUUUCUCAAGCUAAUAUAAAUACAGAGAUAAUUUUCAAUUGUCAAAUGGGGCGUGGACGAACCACAACUGGGAUGGUGAUUGCUACUUUGGUUUACCUUAACCGAAUUGGUGCUUCUGGUAUGCCAAGGUCUGAUUCAAUUGGUAAAGUUUUUGACUCUGGUACCAAUGUGUCUGACCAUUUGCCAAACUCAGAGGAGGCAAUUCGUAGGGGAGAAUAUGCAGCCAUAAGAAGCUUGAUCCGGGUGUUAGAGGGGGGUGUUGAAGGCAAAAGACAAGUGGAUAAAGUCAUUGACAAGUGUGCCUCCAUGCAGAACUUACGUGAAGCAAUUGCUACAUAUCGCAAUAGUAUUCUGCGCCAACGAGAUGAGAUGAAGAGGGAGGCAUUGCUUUCGUUUUUUGUGGAGUACUUGGAAAGAUAUUACUUUCUUAUAUGCUUUGCUGUAUAUAUCCACACAGAUAGGGCAGCACUCCACCCUGAUUCAUUUGGCCACAGUAGUUUUGCUGACUGGAUGAGAGCAAGGCCUGAACUGUAUAGCAUAAUUCGCAGGUUGCUCAGGAGGGAUCCCAUGGGUGCACUUGGUUAUGCAAACUUGGAGCCAUCUCUAACAAAGAUUGCUGAUUCUGCUGAUGGCCGCCCUUACGAGAUGGGUGUAGUUGCUGCCCGGAGAAAUGGGGAGGUUCUUGGAAGUCAGACAGUUCUAAAAAGUGACCACUGUCCUGGUUGUCAAAACUCAAGUUUGCCAGAGAGAGUGGAGGGUGCACCUAACUUCAGAGAGGUUCCUGGUUUUCCAGUUUAUGGAGUUGCUAAUCCAACCAUUGAUGGCAUUCAAUCUGUCAUUUGGAGGAUUGGUAGCUCUAAAUCUGGCCGUCCAGUUUUUUGGCACAAUAUGCGAGAAGAACCUGUUAUCUACAUCAAUGGCAAACCAUUUGUGCUUCGUGAGGUUGAAAGACCAUACAAAAACAUGUUGGAGUACACGGGAAUUGAACGUGAGAGAGUAGAAAGAAUGGAAGCUCGAUUGAAAGAAGAUAUUCUGCGAGAGGCUGAACACUAUGGGCACGCUAUUAUGGUUAUUCAUGAAACAGAUGAUCGGAAAAUAUUUGAUGCUUGGGAACAUGUUAGUUCUGAUUCAGUCCAGACACCACUGGAGGUUUUCAGAUGCUUAGAGGCUAAUGGUUUUCCCAUUAAGUAUGCACGUGUCCCUAUUACUGAUGGUAAAGCUCCCAAAAGUUCUGACUUUGACACGUUAGCAGUAAAUAUUGCCUCAGCUUCCAAGGACACCGCAUUUGUUUUCAAUUGCCAGAUGGGUAUAGGAAGAACAACCACUGGCACUGUAAUUGCUUGUCUUCUUAAACUUCGAAUUGAUUAUGGGAGACCUAUUAGAAUCCUCCUCGAUGAUAUAUCCCAUGAAGAGGUUGAUGGUGGUAGCUCAAGUGGUGAAGAGACAGGAGGUAAUGGUGCUGCAUCUACAUCAAGUAUUUCAAAUGUAAGAACUGAAAAAGAGCAAGGUCGUGCAUUUGGUAUAGAUGAUAUCCUGCUGUUGUGGAAGAUAACCAGAUUGUUUGAUAAUGGGGUGGAAUGUCGAGAGGCGUUAGACGCUGUUAUUGAUAGAUGUUCAGCUUUGCAGAACAUUCGCCAAGCUGUUCUGCAAUACAGGAAGGUAUUCAAUCAACAGCAUGCUGAGCCAAGGGUAAGAAGAGUAGCGUUAAACCGUGGUGCUGAGUACUUGGAGCGGUACUUCCGUUUAAUUGCUUUUGCAGCAUAUCUUGGAAGUGAAGCAUUUGAUGGGUUUUGUGGACAAGGAGAAUCCAAAAUGACAUUUAAGAGCUGGUUGCAACGGAGACCAGAGGUCCAAGCAAUGAAAUGGAGCAUAAGAUUGAGGCCUGGACGAUUUUUUACUGUUCCUGAGGAGUUGAGAGCACCACAUGAGUCUCAACAUGGAGAUGCUGUGAUGGAGGCCAUUGUCAAGGCUCGUAAUGGUUCUGUUCUGGGGAAGGGCUCUAUACUUAAGAUGUACUUCUUUCCUGGUCAGAGAACCUCCAGCCACAUACAAAUUCAUGGUGCGCCCCAUGUUUAUGAGGUGGAUGGAUACCCUGUGUAUAGCAUGGCAACUCCAACUAUUACUGGUGCUAAAGAGAUGUUAGCCUAUUUAGGUGCCAAGCCCAUUGCAGAAGGAAGUUUUCAUCAGAAAGUGAUAUUAACUGAUUUGAGAGAAGAGGCAGUUGUUUACAUUAAUGGCACACCCUUUGUCCUUAGGGAACUAAAUAAACCUGUUGAUACACUCAAGCAUGUGGGAAUUACUGGUCCAGUGGUGGAACACAUGGAGGCACGGUUGAAGGAAGACAUAUUAUCUGAGGUCAGACAGUCUGGCGGCCGAAUGCUUUUACAUCGUGAAGAAUAUAGCCCUGCUUUAAAUCAGUGCAGUGUCAUAGGAUACUGGGAGAACAUCUUUGUGGAUGAUGUCAAGACGCCUGCUGAAGUAUAUGCCGCUCUGAAAGAUGAGGGGUAUAAUAUAGCACAUAGAAGGAUACCAUUAACAAGAGAAAGGGAAGCUUUAGCUUCAGAUGUUGAUGCAAUCCAGUACUGUAAAGAUGACUCUGCAGGUUGUUAUCUUUUCGUCUCACAUACAGGGUUUGGAGGAGUUGCAUACGCAAUGGCUAUUAUUUGCAUUAAACUUGAUGCAGAGGCAAAGCUUGCACCAAAGGUUCCAGAACCUUUGAUUAGCACACCAAAUUUGUUUUCUACACUUGAAGAGAACUCACCUUCUCGGGAUUCUGAUGAAGUGCAUAAAAUGGGUGAUUACCGGGACAUAUUAAGCCUCACAAGAGUCCUCAUGUAUGGUCCCAAGAGCAAAGCAGAUGUUGACAUCGUCAUAGAAAGGUGUGCAGGUGCUGGGAAUUUACGACAUGAUAUUCUCUUUUAUAGCAAGGAACUCGAGAAGUUCUCCAAUGGUGAUGAUGAGCAUCGAGCAUACCUCAUGGAUAUGGGCAUUAAAGCUUUAAGGCGGUACUUUUUCCUCAUCACAUUCAGGUCCUACCUUUACUGCACCUCUGCAACCGAGACAGAAUUCACAGCUUGGAUGGAUGCAAGGCCUGAACUUGGCCAUCUCUGUAAUAACCUCAGGAUGGAUAAAUGAUUUCAGACAUAUAGCAAUCAUCUGCAGAUAAAUUUAUGUACAGGCACAGCUGGCUAUCUAUCCUUGUAACAGUUUCUCCAGUAUUAGCAGCUUACCAAAAGGGGAAAAGAGAAAAAAAAAUGAAAAAAUAAAGAGUUGUGUGAAUAGGUCCUACAAAAAGUACAGCUCAUUUUAGUUCUAGGUACUUCUCUCCAGGUUUCUAGCAGGAAAGCAAAAACUCAAAAGGCCAAAUACCUACAUGAAAUGAACCUAUUUCUUCCUUUCUCCUUGAGGCCGUUGCUUCUUUGUGAACUAUUUUUUUACUCCCUAUAUCUUUAUUGAUUUAUUUAUUUUA